AUGAUCGUAUUCCUGGCACUUCUGACGCUUUUCGCCGCGACUGUUGAUGGCGGUUUACUCGAAAAAUACGCCAACGCGUCCGGAAACGUAUAUCACGGUAGGUACACCCGAGACAUCCACGGGCCGCAGCUCUUGGUGCCGAGGCGAGUGCUCUCAGACGGUAGCUUCAGCACGUAUUCCCUGCCGAAUUUCUAUAACCGUCGAGAGUACAGCGAGCGCGGCAAGCGAUCCCUCGGGUCGGCCAAUAAACUGCACCUGGUGCUACCCUUCAGCGGGAUCGAUCACCACGUGGAGCUCAGCCCGUACCAUGAAUUCAUCUCGCCCGACAUGGUGGUGGAGACGCGGGGCGCCGGGAUCAGCACUAAUCUCAACGAGGGCCUGAGAUUCAGGAAGGCGUCCGAUCGGCAGUGCCACUAUCGCGGUAUCGUUCGGGGCCAUGCUAAUUCCAAGGCGGCUCUGUCUCUGUGCGACGGCGUGGCUGGCUACGUGCAAACUAAUCAUGGACGGUACUUCAUCGAGCCAGUGUAUCAGGCGGAACCCGAGCCCGACGGCCAGCACAUUCACGUGGCGUACAAACGGGACGCGCCGCACGAAAAGACAGGGAAUACCGAUACCGUAUCGAAGAGACAUUGCGGAACCAGCGACAACUGGGAGUCCGCGUGGGCGGAGCAGCUGGCUAAAAGGAUGCAGAUGCAACUAAUGGAAAAUAAUUCUCUCGGCGCGAGGCGCAAUACCACCGUAUCAACGGGAACGCACAGUAUACAUCGUUACAUUGAAAUUGGAUUAAUUGCCGAUCGGAGAUUCCUCGAUUUCCACAAUAACACAGACUACGAGCAGUAUCUCCUGACGGUCAUGAACAUGGUGUCUGAUUUUUAUCACGACAAUUCCGUGGGGAAUCAAAUAGACGUCGUCUUAGUGCGCGUGGUGUACUUGGAGAAAGAGAAAGAAGAGAUAGAUUUGCUCAUCAGUCCGAAUGCCGAGAAUACGUUGGAGAGUUUCGCAAAGUGGGCAGAAAAAAUGAAUCCGAAGGAUGACAUGCAUCCCAAUCAUUACGAUAUCGCGGUAUUGGUUACUAGAUAUGACAUUUGCUCGGAAGAGACCAAUUGCGACCUAAUGGGCCUGGCUCAUGUCGCUGCGGCCUGCGACUCGGGGAAGGCUGCCUGCAUUAAUGAAGACAGCGGACUUCUGCUCGGCAUCGUGAUUGCCCACGAAGUUGGUCACGUAAUGGGUUGUUCUCACGAUGAGCCCGAAACCAGCGGAUGUCCGUCGAAGGACACGGACGAUAGCUUCUUUAUUAUGUCCCCUAUCGUCUUCUUGUACACCAUCAGAUGGUCGAGCUGCAGCAGGAAAUUUAUAACAGCUUUCCUCGAGAGCGGCCUGGGCGAAUGCUUGAAUGAUAAUCCAAGAAGUCCCCCAGAGAAAUUAAAAUAUCCUAACAUGUUGCCGGGUGCAAUGUACGACGCUGCCUUCCAAUGUGACAUGCAGUUUCCUGGCUCGAAAGUGUGCCCGCAACCUCAAGCGAGCGGCUGCGAGACCCUGUGGUGCUUGACCAACACAAGUUGCUACUCCCUGGGGACGCCGAAGGCUGACGGUACGAAGUGCGGUGAGAACAAGUGGUGCAUCCACAAGAAAUGCGUGGACAUGGGCGCCCGGCCGGCCGCGGUGCACGGUGGAUGGGGUGACUGGGGCCCGAUGGGCUCCUGCAGCAGGACCUGCGGCGGCGGCCUCAAGUACUCCGAGAGGGAAUGCGACCGGCCGGUACCGGCCAACAGCGGCAGAUACUGCAUCGGCGAGAGAAGACGGCUCUUCACUUGCAACACCACGCCCUGCGACCCGACGAAACCGCCGUACCGUGCGGUACAGUGCUCGGAACACGACAACGAGGAGAUCCUGACGGACGGGCUUCAUCAAUGGAAGCCAUACAUGGACCCGAAAUUAGAACCUUGCGCGCUCCACUGCAUCAACGAGAAGCAAACGUACGUGAAGAUCUCGCCGACGGCGAACGAUUCGACACCGUGCAAGGCCGGGACCAACUACAUGUGCAUCUCCGGAACGUGCAGGAAAGUUGGAUGCGAUUGGGUGAUAGACUCGGACGCGAUCGAGGAUAAAUGCGGCAUAUGUAAAGGCGAUGGAACCAAGUGCAGCCCGGUGGUGGGCGAGUUUACCGAAGUGGCGUCGGAGAGCGCAUAUGUGAAGAUCGUGACAAUUCCGAGGGGAGCCCGAAGCGUGCAGGUCUCCGAGAGAAAGCCCAGCGAGAACAUUCUGGCCGUGAAACUCGAAAAAGAUAAGACGUACUGCAUCAAUGGAGACAACCGUGAGUUUAAGAGCGGAGAUUACGAGUGCGCUGGAACGAUGAUUAUCUACACACAUCCGGAGCCGGACAAGGAAGUAGUGGAAAUGAAAGGCCCGAUAUCCGAAGAUAUCGAGAUAGAAUAUGCGUUCUUCAAUCCCCAAGACAACCCUGGGAUAGAUUAUAAAUAUUACGUGAGAUCGACGAAUGCAUCGUACACGCCCAAGUACAUGUGGGACUUCAUCGAGUGGUCAGAAUGCAGCGCUAAGUGCGACGGCGGCACAAUGAUAUCGGAGGCGUCCUGCAUCGAGGAACAGAGCGGGCGGGUGACGCCGAACUUCUGCGACGGUAUGCCGCGUCCGGAAGCGAAGAGCCGCGUCUGCAAUCAGGCCCCUUGUCCCGCAAAAUGGCGAGUGAGUCAAUGGAGUAAAUGCAGUGCCUGCGAUGGGAAGAAGGGUAUGAGACACCGCAAGGUCCAAUGCGUGAGGCCAGGUGCCAGACCCGGGGAAGACGAUACGCAAGCAAAUCUGGACGCGUGCAAAGGUCGUGUGCCGAGGCAGAAGGAGGAGUGUAUAGGUACAAGACCCUGCAAAAUAAUGUGUCCUAAGAAAACCCGACGGUCCGACGAGCGAGAGCUCGCGGAUGUGAAAGGGAGAGCGGGCUUAUCACCGGACGAUCAACGGAGAAUGAUCGACAGAUUCGUCGAUCGCGGCCUGGGCCAUUACUUGGAGAAGACCCGCGACAAGUUGCGCGACGACGGUGACAAGCUCGAAGGGACGGGCGCCGCCCGAGACUUCCGACAGGUCCUUUACGACUGGGCGAUGACAAACGAGGACAAGCGUAAGCGCACCUGCGACGCCGAGGAGAGAUUCACUACGCUGAAGCCGGGAUCCAUCAUCAAGGAUUCGAUACCCAUCGAGAACGUUGUACUGAUGCAGGCGCCGUACAUAGACGAGUCUCUUCAGUCUAAUCUGUCGGACAAGGCGUUCCAGGAAGCCGGCGAUCUCGUCGGCGUCGGCAUCGACACGAGCCAGAAGAAGGUGUACAGGGGCGAUCAGGCGGUUAGACUUAUCGAACGGUUAGCCCAUCAUAAUCUGACAGCGAGUCCGCGCGCUGUUUCUAUUGCCGCGAACGAGGCUCUCAAUCCAUCUCAAUCCAUCGAUACCGCGGAGGAAAGGCGUUGAGCACGGGAAGAAAAAAAAAAUUAAACGCUGCGAUAAAUGUUAUCUUCGUAUAUAGUCGUCGUAUACAAACUUAUAGUUGUAUAAGUUUCAGAAAUAUAUGAAUAUUUAGAUGC